AUGUGCUCGCUCUGCCUUCUUCUUCUCGCCCUCGCGGCAGGCUGCCUAGGUUCGUGUCCAGUCGGUCAGGACUGCAUCAAAAAAUGCUGUCCUCUCAACAUGAGGAUGUCAGGCAACGGUUGUGUCCCUGGCGAGUCGAGCUACGACGUGUACAAUGGCACGGUCAAAAUCAUUGUAGGCAGGCCUCAGUGUACCAUGUAUUACUUGGACGCUGCUAUGGGAGAUGAAUUCACAGUCCAUCUUAACGGAUCUUUGACCAUCUAUUACAAUGAUUCUUCCGAAGAUACGAACAAGUUUUGCGAGGACGCGACAGAAAUCAACAGUAAUUUAGUAUUCGUCUGUGUUUCGGACCAAGAUAUGUCUGUCUGGGGAGGUGAAGAGGACCAGUGCGUGCUAUUGAUGAUCUAUUCGAUCGGUCUCUUUACAUCCGCGCCUUUACUUCUUGCCACAGCUGUGAUAUACGCUUCCAUCAGCGUGACUGGUUCAGACAAAAGUUAUUUGGCAUGGAUUAUCAUGCGUGAUUUCCGGUAA